UCUUCAUUGAGAACCGAACAUACGAUAAGAAGCAGCAAAAAAAGUAAUCCAACUCCAUCGUAAUCGAUGUCAUUAUGGAAUAUUUACAAGUAAAUUCGUUCGUGUAAAAUGUUAAUAAUAUCUUUAUUUCUCGAUUGAAUCGAAUAUAUCGACGUUUAUCAGUGUAUUUAAUUAACAUGAGGUUAAUUUCGGUGACUGCCAGUUCGGUAUUCGGAUUAGACUCGUAUUUAUAAAUUGACGUUGUUGUGAUGUAAUUUCUCAAGCCAUCUGAUAAAUCAAAUAUUUUACAUUUAUAUCGCCAUCAUAAUGCCAGCUCUGGACCGACUUCCUAUACCAACGUUAACAACGUAUUCUGUACUAUCGACGGCGUUAUUUAUAUCACUGGUUUAUAACGCCAAGCAAGUCACCAAAGAUCCUUCGUGGAAGAGCUCAGCUUUUUUAAAUGGUAAAAAUACAUCCGACAUCGUCGUCGACGACGAAGAACAUCUUAUCGAUUUGAAUAGUUUUAAUUUACCCGAAGAAGUGGACGAUGUUUUAUUAUACAUGAUACAGGACAGCUUUUCUCGAUGGGCUUUCAUCAACACUAUCGGUUGUGCGAUGAUUUUAUUCGGAAAGAUGAUACAGAGAUUGAUAUUUGGAAACUUGCGAUCUGUCGAGGUGUUGAAUUUCAGAGAAAAGUUAUGCAACUAUUUACUCUACAAGUUCAUCUUCAUGUUCGGAGUAAUCAAAGUUCAAACACCCGAAGAUGUGAUGCUGUUACUCGGAUGGUUUGGGCUUCUGGGAUUCUUGCAAAUUUUCGUACAGUUUUCAAAGGAUCGAUUGGAAUACAUGGUGACCGUUAGCUCUCAUGUGACUGUAUGGAAUCGAUGCAAAAUUGUGACUUUACUUCUAUCUGUGUUUACUGUCGCUAGUUACAUGAUUUAUUUAUGUUUAACGUACGGAGUGCAUUUGGGGUAUCAUAUAUUCGCUUUUAUGACUGCUGAGUGUUUAUCGGUCACGUUAAGAGUUCCUCAUAUCCUAAUUAAAUAUGUAAUCGAUCCGUUCGAAGCGAAAUUCAUAAGAAGUCAAAAUCAGAGAUACAGAUCGACGAAUUCGUUCGCUAAUUCGAUCAUAUGUAAAAUGGAAAUGUCGCUGUACUACUACGUAUCGUUGUUUUUGGAAUUGGCUGACUUGAGUUUGGAAUUGUUGCAUUAUUUACACAUGUUACUCUGGGGUAACAUAUUGUUCUCUAUUCCUUCGAUGGCGAUUUUCAUGCAUGUUCGUUUUUUGACCUCGGAAAUUCGAAGGAAAUUCAAAAAACAUCGCAAUUAUAUGUGGAUACUUAAUCAUAUGGAAAAAGAGUAUCCUAUUGCUUCUGUCGAAGAACUCAACAAGAAUUCUGAUAAUUGCGCCAUUUGUUGGGAGAAAAUGGAAGUGGCGCGAAAGUUACCUUGUGGACAUUUAUUUCAUUCGACUUGUCUACAAUUGUGGUUAGAACAAGACACCUCUUGUCCAACUUGUCGUUACAUAUUGAAUGUAAACGGGAGCAAUGUUAGACGUUCGGCAGGACCUAGACAAACACGAAGUACUACUGUACGAAUUGGAGCCAAUGCUACGAACGGAAUAAAUCAUCAGCACUUUUUCCAUUUUGACGGUUCGCGAUAUGUGUCGUGGUUACCUAGUUUCUCGGUUCAAGUAUUGUCCACAGUCAGUGGAGGUGAAAUGGACGAUCCUCAAGUUGAAUCAAUGGCUCGACAAAUACAGCAAAUAUUUCCACAUUACCCGACCAACGUACUAAUUGAAAAUCUACGUCAAACUCGUUCGGUCAAUUCGACAGUCGAUAAUAUUCUAGAAGGACUCAUACCUAUUGAAAACGAGCCUCCAAAUCUGGUCAAUGAAUCACCGGUAAUUUCAUUCGUAGAGACGGAAGAACAACCGCAACCCAGUAGUAGUGAUAGUAUUAAUAAUAACACAAAUGUCGUCAGCGAAAACGCGACUUCUUCAACUACGCCUCGAGGCAAUUCAUCCAUCGAAUUACCCGAUGAACCGAGUGUUGACGAAAGCAACGAUAACAAGGAAUUUUCAACUAAUCCAUCAGAACGAGAGACAGCGCUUAGGAUUAGAAAAGAGAAACUGUUUCAAAGAGCGAAAAAAUUAUACAUAGAGAAAAAAUUAGCGAAUUAAUGCCCUGCAUAAAUUCACCCUUUUUAGUGUAGUAAAACAAAAAUCAACGUGUACUUAAAAUUCUUUUUACCUUUUAUCAGUUUUGAUUCUAUUAUUUCAACGGAUUUAUUUCAUUUGUAUAAAACUUGGUAUUUUCAUUUUUUCUUUGUCGUGUAAAUAUUUAUAAGAUGUGCUGUAAUAAUAAAAUGGUUUGCUUGUU